GUGGGGAUAGAUUUUACAGGCUCCAACGGCGACCCUCGCUCUCCAGACUCUCUGCAUUACCUUAGCCCUAAUGGAGUUAACGAAUACCUGACAGCCAUUUGGUCUGUGGGGAUGGUCAUUCAGGACUAUGACACAGAUAAGAUGUUUCCAGCCUUUGGAUUUGGUGCACAGAUUCCUCCUUCCUUUCAGGUGUCACAUGAGUUCCCAAUAAACUUUAACCCGUCAAACCCAUUCUGUAACGGAAUCCAAGGCAUUGUUGAGGCAUAUCGGGCCUGUCUUCCUCAAGUGAAGUUAUAUGGACCAACAAAUUUUUCUCCAAUUAUAAAUCAUGUGGCAAGAUUUGCUGCUGAAGCUACACAACAGCAAACAGCAUCACAAUACUUUAUACUUUUGAUCAUAACGGAUGGUGUGAUAACAGACCUUGAUCAAACUCGAACUGCCAUUGUUAAUGCUUCAAAACUGCCCAUGUCCAUUAUCAUUGUUGGUGUUGGAGGAGCAGACUUCGAUGCCAUGGAAUUUCUUGAUGGUGACAAUGGAGUUCUUAGGUCCUCGUCGGGAGAACCAGCUGUCAGAGACAUUGUGCAGUUUGUGCCAUUCAGGAAGUUCCAAAAUUCUCCAAAAGAAGCUCUGGCACAGUGUGUCCUGGCAGAAGUCCCUCAGCAAGUGGUGAACUACUUCAGCACCUACAAACUGCAACCUCCUAGGAAUCCUGCUGCGAAGUGAAUGGGCUGAGCAGGGGAGCCAAGGCUUUGCUUUACAUGCUGCAUCUACAGACUCUGGUUCUCGAG